AUGCCGCCAAAGAAGGUGUCGGGCGGUUCGCCAACCAAAGCGAGCCAUGCCGCCCGUGCUGCAGCCUUGCUAUCCAAAGCUCGAGCACAAGCAUCCUCCUCGCCUGCUGCCCACGUUCGUUCCAGCACCACACUGUCGCCCACUAAGCCAGUCGCAUCGGUCGGCAGCACAGCGGUAUCAUCCUCGUUUGAUAGCAACCAAAGACCGAUGCCGCUACCGGACUUGCUCAAAACUCUGUCGUCCAAAGGCGGGCUUCCCAUGCGAGACGCAAUGGCUGUGGCAGGCAAGCUGAUCAACGCCCGGGCCAACACGCCGUCAGCACUGGCUCACAUUUCGCUCAUCAUGCUGCAAGAUAUCGGCGUUGAGUCUGAAGAGCAUCGAAAGCGCACCGUGCUGGCACUUAAAGGCAAGAAGGCUGCUGGCUACAUCCCCUCUUCUGCUUCGUCCAGCGGUGCAGCAUCAGGAAGCGGGUCAGGCUCUGCUGGACUCGCACCCGACUUUGGUGCAUACCGCAAGCGCCGCCGUAUAGCAGAUGACGACGAAACGCUUAGUCGAGAGUACGGUAACAUCAUCGCCCCGCCUGACGACCGCCCCGGAUCUUCGCGGAGACCGAAACUCGAGAUGGAAUACACAUUCAACGAGAUCCUCGAGCAAUCGCUCCUGCGCGGCAGAUACGCCGUCGUCAACCGUGCCCCCGUCAUGACAGCGUGGGCCACCAUCCUCCUCGAGCGCCUUAGCUUCAGUCGUAUCGAGGCACUCAGUCUCGCGCAUUGCUACGUCAAUUACACGAGUACAAUGCGCGGCAUCAGCCUCGGCAUCAUCCCCGCGGCAGAAAAGGAGCGCGCCGUGCACAUUGUGGGAUCCAACCAGCCGCACUUUGAACUCAUGGGCGUCAAGAUCCCCGUUAUGCAGAUGCAGGACGGUUCGUAUCGGGGCAUCAGUGCGGGAGAGGUGGUACAGCCGGACAAGGCGUUCAACUACAUGCGUCGGUCCAUGGCACAAACCUUGUCGAGCGUGAUGGGUGCACUGACCUUGUUGGCCGAUAGCUUCAUGGACCCGAUUCCGACCGCACCAGCCGCCGCCGACACGGGCGCAAGUGGCGAAACAGAGACGCCAGAGACUCCAGAGUACGGACCCGAAUAUCUCAACGCACGCGGAUACGACCUGUACGCCGAAUUCCGACCGUCGACUUCGGGCGAGUGGGGGAAGAAGGGCCGUCUGUGGUACGACAAGGUUCUGGCACUGCGACGCGGAUGCGAGUCGGAAUGGAUCGAGUGGAAGCAAACGGAAGCGCGGUUGGAAAGUGAUGGCCCGGCGGAGGAGGACUGGGGCGAAGAUGUGGAACGGCUGGUUCAGCAGGAGCUGGAAAGGGAACAGCAGCAGCAAGCGGAGGCGCUCAAAGGACAAGUCGGGGAUAGCAAGAAUCAAGUCACUUUGUAG